GAACACGUGGUUCCGUGUCUGCCUUCCUGCUUGUCUGUCAGCGUGUGAAGGUUUCCAGUCCUUCUCUCACUCCUCUCCCUUUUAUCCUCCCAUAGAGCAAAGGCAGACCGUCUCCUCUUUUUACUCCGUCCCACCCGCUCCUCCUCUUCCUCCUCCUCCUCCUGGUUCCUUCUUCUUCUUCUGCUCCGCGACGGCUCCCGGGACCCGCCGACAGCCAGGCCGCGGUCACUUCAACGUGUUUCCGCUCCGAGACGCACAGAGGGAGCGUGUGUGCAUGUGUGGAAGUGUGAGCGUGUGUUAGCGAGUGUGUGUGCGAGUGGGUGAGUGCGUGCGCGCGCACCCGCCUGUAACCGGUCCAUCCGUGUUAUCCCCCCUCUCCCCUCCCACUAUCCUGCCUCAUCUCUCGGUCAUGACGCUGGAAGCGAUCCGCUACCGGUCCGGGUCUUUGCAGAUCCUCAACCAGCUGCUGCUGCCACACCAGACCGUGUACGAUGACAUCAAAUCGGUGCAGGACGCUUACGAGGCCAUCAAGUCCAUGAAGGUGCGUGGAGCUCCGGCCAUCGCCAUCGUCGGCUGCCUCAGCCUGGCUGUGGAGCUGCGGGCGGGCGCCGGCGGUGACGACCCCGUGACCUUCAUCAGGGACUCUCUGUGCCACCUGACCUCGGCCAGGCCCACGGCCGUCAACAUGGGCCGAGCCGCCCGCGAGCUCAUGGAGUUCGCUGAGAACGAGAGCAUGGAGAAGAACUCGGAGCAGCUCAGAGAAAGUGUAAUUGCCUGGAUCGAAGACAUGCUGGAGCGUGACGUCAAUGACAACAGGAAGAUCGGUAACUAUGGAGCCCAGCACAUCCUGUCCGGCGUCCCAAGGGAUUCUGUCACCAUCCUCACACACUGCAACACGGGCUCGCUGGCCACGGCCGGAUACGGGACCGCGCUGGGAGUGGUGAGGAGCCUCCACGCUCUGGGCAGGCUGAAGCGUGUUUACUGCACGGAGACGAGGCCGUACAACCAAGGAUCCAGACUGACGGCGUAUGAGGCGGUUGCAGAGGGAAUCCCCGCCACGCUCAUCACAGACAGCAUGGCCGCCCUGACCAUGAGAGAAAUGGCCAUCACAGCUGUGGUGGUGGGUGCAGACAGGGUGGUUGCCAACGGUGACACGGCUAACAAGGUGGGCACGUACCAGCUGGCCAUCGCCGCAAAGCACCAUGGGAUACCUUUCUACGUGGCCGCGCCCAGCACAUCGUGUGACCUGAGCCUGGAGAGCGGCAGGGACAUCAUCAUCGAAGUGCGCCCCCCUGAGGAACUCACCAGCAUAAACGGAGUCCCCAUCGCUGCCCCGGGUAUUGAGGUGUGGAACCCGGCGUUCGACGUGACCCCUCACCAGCUCAUCACGGGAGGUAUCAUCACAGAGCUGGGGGUCUUCCUCCCCUCUGAGCUCCAGGCGGCGCUCACCGGCCGCCUCACUGCCCUCUAGAGCCCCCCCUGCUGGUCCGUGUGCACCACUGCACGUUUACGCCACACACUAAAAGACACUCUCAUGUCGUCACAGAACAUUCACCAUCACCGUCGUGUUUUUUCAUUUAAGUUUCUUCUCUUCACGGUCACUGUUACAUGUCAGUGGUGCACACAAAAGAAAAAAAAAUUCUUCAGUCUCUCACACACACACACACACACUUACACUAAUUCACAUUAAUUCUCUGCAGGGAGUCGAGCAGGCACAUAUGUGCAGUUUCCCCUUUCUUUUAAAUAUCUCCUCUCCUCUCUGUUUCUCUGUUUCACCUUUCCCCAAGCUUCCCAUGCUGUCUUUUAGUCUUUCCAACCGAAUCUCUUUCUUUCCAAACGACUUCUGCAACAACGAAUAGAGCUCAGCUGGACUCAGACCCUUAAUUUCUAUUAGGCCGACAAGUUAUGCUUUCUCAACAAAACAAGAACACUUCCAAAAAGUCGAAAAUUGCACGACUGAUUCUUAAAGGCUGCUAUCCACUUGUAAGUAUCUAUAUCCUUAUUGGUAGUUUGUACAUAGCUUAUGUAGAAAACUAACUCCUGCUCGUAUAAAAAAAAAAAAAAAAGGUACUGAUAUUUUAACCAAAUACGUGGCUGCUUUCAAUUAAAUUUGCCAUCAAAAAUGUUAUAUUAACAUUUAAUUUUUGUUCGUUGUAGAAGCAUUUUGUAAAUUCUAAUCCAAAUUUAUAGCGCAUAGAAUUUAAAAAGGAAGAAAAAUAUAUAUCUCUCACAUUUUAACCUGUGCAGAAAAAAAUCUGAGCAAGUCCUCAUUUGUCCGCUGAAGCCUUUGACGAUAAAUGGCUGCAUUUAUACCUCAUUCCUUGUUUGCUUCCCCUUUGUACUGUAUCAUAACACAAUUGUACUCUCAUAAUGUUCUUAUAGAUAAAUGCACAUAUGUACAUAUCCUUACAGAUCCCCCUGCUUUGUAAGGAUGAAAUAAUGUCAUCUCAACCAUAACGGCUUUUGCUUUGAGCUGAGACGUUUGUAUUUCUGUAGUACGGCCAUCACCUGAAGAAAUAGUUCACCCCAUGAUUAAGAUGUGCUUAUCUGCACAUCCGCCAAGAUUUAACUUCUGUUUGUGAAAUACUGUGGUGCUUUGUUAAAUAGAGGGUUUUAGGUAGUCUUUACGGCAUUUUAGAGUUUGUGAUUUCCUGGAAAACAAAAACGUGGAUGACUCAUCCUGUAUUCGUGUACAAAUUUUCCAUCAAAUUAAAUUAUGUCCCUCCUUUUGCAUAAAAGGACUGAUGUUUUAUCAAGGAUGUAUUAGGACGUAAUACACAACACAUACAUAUAGCAUUGCUAGCAGUUUCGUUGGAACGUUAAUGACUUUUAUUCGCUGGGUGUGGAGCCACUGAUUAAGUUGCAUACCAUCUUGGUUUUACCAGCUGCCUUUCUCUGGCCUUGUUUUGUGCCACUCUGCACUGCAACACAAAUAGGACGGGCUCUAAGUUGCCACUUUGAAAGGUGUGAUGGAAUAUGUUAAUGUUUUGCAGGUGACACGACCCUCAAGGCUGUCAUUAACUGAGGUUAACCUCUGAGGUGUACGAUAACCAGUUUAGCCAUACCAGCGUCAGAGAAAAUCCCAAACUUGAUGUGCGGAGGAGCAAUGGCUGCUCUCUGUUGUCUUAAUUUAGGAGUGAACUAUUUCUUGGACUGAUUUAGUGAUGUUGCCAAAAUUCAGAAUGUAACAUUUCACUCUGAUGUUCAUGUUUUUGUUUGGGUCCCGACUUCAGAGGCUCAGUCACUUCUUGCCUUUGUGUUCAGUUCAGAAUGUGCUUUGACUCUUUGGAUUAAUCCCUCUUCAUGAGAAACUAAUUAACGGACUGACUAAUCAAAAACUAGUUUACAUCACUAACCUCGUCACCUGAGGGUGAACCUGCGUUCACCCAUAAGAUGUGUUUGAGGUGUUAUGUCACAGGGUCUGUGUGUGAUAUGAAUGAACUCACCGGGCCAGUGAGUCUACGGGAGGCUUCUCAGAAACAUCACAGACAUCUGAACACGACACACCUUGUCGCUGAAUGUCACAGGACCCCUCACUUUUUGAACAGAUUCUUUAACCUGGUUUAUGUCAUGUAGCUAGACUAACAUCAAGCUUUAAUGAGAAAAGGAUCAAAUUUUAAUUUCUCAACAUCCGACACGACUUGGGUGGAGUAAAGCUAAUCCAACAUGACGGCUGCAGGCUCCGCCCACUUUGGGCUUCAUUUUCGAGGUUCAGAAUCCAAUGGGUGACUUCACUAUGGGUUUGUUCAUAGUUUAUACAGUCAAUGAUAAAAGACCUGCACAACCAUGAACUGAAACUAUGUUGCAUGACGUCCCCUGGCCACUUUUGUGAAUGUUCACCAGAAUCCUGGUGAAAUGUAAACCCCAAGGUGACACAAAAACCUGAAUCACCUGAUUCGAGUUUCUGAUCAUUAAAUAGAUCGACAGACACAAAAGGUAGAUCGCUCUAAUGUGUUGCUGCAAGCAGAAAAUCAAAAACCUGGAUGUGAUGAUCAUGUAUACAGAGUUCCAGGGGUAGAUAUUCAAUUGGAGCGAUGGGUUGAUGCCCAGCCAAAGAAAGAACGUAUUUUUAUCUGUCGUAUUCAACCAUAGUGUUUGGCUAGCUUGUUAUUUUCCUGUGCGCUGGUUCUCUAAGCCAAGCAGAGUGAUCCGUCUCCCCCAGCUGAUUGAACACAUUAAAUCGGCCGCUGAAUGGUCUGACUAGACCCAGUCAAGAUGUGGCACGCAGCAUCAAAACUACAACCCAUCACCACAAAGCAGCACACAGUCGGCUUGGUGCGUCAAGGCCGUGAUAUAUAUUUGAUGUCCUCCCAUGAUGAGACAGAUGUCAAGAGGACUGGCCACGUAAUACGUCAGUCGACCCUCCGCCCACUCACACAUGGUCCUGGUGGAUUUCUCCCACUGAGUUCAUUCAUUUAAACUGCUGACAAAUACACAACUUCACUUUUCUACUCACAGUGAGGUCCAGAGAAAACGCCCUCAGAAGAGCUAAUAAUCGCAGCGUCAUUAUCCACGGCUGAAAUGCUGUAAUUUAAUAAGCUCGCUUAUUCUCCUCCUUCAUGCUCCCCUUCAUCAGUCGCCAUCAUCAUCAUCAUCAUCACCUCUCACCCAUCAAAACCUCAACUCACAAAGAUGCUGGUAGGUCACACGCAAGCGUAAAAGACACUUGUGUAUUUGAAUUAUUUUGUUUGUUUUGUACAGUUAAAGACGUCAUGAUUUGUGGAGCAGUUUUAGUCUUUGUUCCAGACACAUGUAGCAGCUCUGUGGCCGUUAGACUCGCCGCAUAUGAUUUCUUUUUAAAUCUCUAAGUGCGCUUUGUUUUUUUUUUCUGUACAUCAUGGUUAUAACUGUUUGGCUGUGUUUUUUUGUUUGUUUUUUGUUAGUUUUUUUUUUAUUUCAUGACAUUGUGAUUCCUAGUGACUAGCUCAUUAGUACACCACACUGAGGAGGCCUCCUCAACCAUACACACUACCUCUCCGUCUGCCUGCACGGACCCUCUCUGAAUCUCUGAGAUGCAUGAACACAAGCACUUAGUGUGUCAGGCUGCAGCAGAGCAGAUUGACAGACUCUACGACAGAAAUCUGGACUUAAAAUCUUCACGGCUCUAUAAUGCUUAGACAUUGGACUCUAAAGUGACGGAUAAUUUGUGGCGGGCGCUUUUACUUUUCGUCCAAAGCAGUCUGGAUUGAGACUAUUGGGGUUGUGGCUGAAUAUCUUCUGCAUUAAGCUGCAUUUUUACACCUUGCUUUUGACACAGUCGCAGUGUAAACCGUGUUUAAAAAGGUAUUGACUCCUUGAGAAGUCCAACAGAUAGUUUAGAAGCGGGCGGGUGCCAAAAUCCCAGCGCUGCUUUCCCCAUAGUUUCCUCAUUGAAUUGAUCAAUCAGAGCGGGUGCUUGUGAAUUAAAAAAUGAUCAGUGUGGCCUGCAAUUACCAUGGAAGGAGUGUUGUUCAGAUGGCCUCUUUAAGUGCAAGUAUAUUACUGUUGUUAUUGAUAAUCACUUGAUCUGGUUUUAAUUUUGUAACAUGUGGAAAUAGUUCAAAACUGCAUUUUUUUUAUAUAUACGUAUAUGAAUAUAAUGCCGUAAAGUGCAGUCAUGAAUUAAGAGAUUUCUCUUUCACAUCAAUACAGUAAAAAGAAUAAAACCACAGUGAAAUGA